UGUAGUCUCCGCUGGAAAAGAGCUGCUGGAUCAGCGUGGCGUGGGUCUGUAGCUCUAGAGAUGAACGGGAAACGGUCGGCUGAGCCCACCCCGGGCGGGACGGGGAAAAAGAGAAAGAAGGAGGUGAUGGUGGAGUUUUCGGGUGCUGUCACGGAGGAAAUCUUGAAAAAGCAGGUGGCUGAGGCCUGGAGCCGCAGGACGCCGUUCAGUCACGAAGCCAUUGUCAUGCACAUGGACCCCUUUCUUCACUGCGUGAUCCCAAACUUCAUCCCAAGCCCAAACUUCUUGGAAGGGCUGCAGAAGGAACUUUUGAACUUAGACUUCCAUGAGAAGUACAAUGAUCUGUAUAAGUUCCAGCAGUCUGAUGAUCUGAAGAAGAGAAGAGAGCCUCACAUCUGUGCUUUAAGGAAAGUUCUGUUCGAAGAUUUCCGGGCAUGGCUUUCUGAUGUUUCCAAGAUUGACCUGGAGUCCACCAUCGACAUGUCCUGUGCUAAAUACGAAUUCUCGGAUGCCCUGCUCUGCCAUGAUGACGAGCUGGAGGGGCGCCGGAUCGCCUUCAUCCUUUACCUGGUCCCCCCCUGGGACGGGAGCUUGGGCGGCACGCUGGACUUGUACGACGUCGACGAACACUUCCAGCCGAAGCAGAUCGUCAAGUCUCUCGUCCCUUCAUGGAACACACUGGUUUUCUUCGAAGUGUCUCCAGUGUCCUUCCACCAGGUGUCUGAAGUCCUGUCCGAGGACAAGUCCCGUUUGUCGAUAAGCGGCUGGUUUCACGGCCCCUCGCUGACCAGGCCUCCUACCUACUUGGAACCUCCUGUCCCUCGGAGCCCUCACGUCCCGAAAGACCAUGAAGUUCUGUAUGAGUGGAUCAACCCCACCUACCUGGACAUGGAUCACCAGAUUCAAAUUCAAGAAGAGUUUGAGGAACAGUCUGAAAUUCUCCUGAAGGAUUUCCUUAAGCCUGAGAAAUUUGCAGAGGUCUGCGAGGCUUUGGAGAAAGGAGGUGUGAAGUGGAGCAGCCGAGGUCCCCCUAACAAAAGGUUUUACGAAAAAGCCGAGGAGAGCACGCUCCCCGGCGUCCUGAGGGACUGCAUGACGUUGUUCCGCUCCGAGGCACUCUUCUUGCUGCUGUCCAACUUCACGGGCCUCCGGCUUCACUUCCUGGCCCCUUCCGAAGAAGGAGGGAUGGAGGACACAGCAGAGGGAGAAGCAGCCCCUGCAGCAGACGGCACGGACGAAGGGACCAGCUGUAGCCCCUCCGAUCCACAGGACAGUCAGGCGGCCGUCCGCAGCGGCAGCAGCCGGAGGAGCAGUGAGCAGACAGACCCCGAGCCAGAGGGGAGCGAAGCCGAGAAAGAACCACGUAUUCCCACGUGCCAGGGGGAACUGAGGCGCUGGAGGACUGGCCACUACACUUUGAUCCACGACAACGGCAAGACCGAGUUUGCCCUGGACUCAAUCCUCUACUGCGGCUGCGAAGGCUGGGAGCCCGAGUACGGCGGCUUUACCUCCUACAUCGCCAAAGGUGAAGACGAAGAGCUGCUAACGGUGAAUCCAGAAAACAACUCUUUGGCCUUGGUCUACAGAGACAGAGAGACUCUUAAAUUUGUCAAGCACAUCAACCACCGGAGCCUGGAACAAAAGAAAACCUUCCCCAACAGAACAGGUUUCUGGGACUUCGCGUUUGUCUAUUACGAGUGACGGGGGCCGGGCCGGGCCCAGCUGGGAGCGAGAGAGACGCUGCGUCGGCACCGGGGAGUCUGGGAGAACCGGGCUCGGAGCCCAGGGGAGCUGCAGGGGGCCUGGCUGAUGCCCUCCCUGGAACUGCGCGGGGUUGUCCUUUCGUAGGACCCCCAGAGCUUGUCCUCAGUCUGGACCUGGAGCUUGGAGGUGUAUGUGCACUUCUCUCUUGACUGAAAAAGCGUUCCUUUUUCUUUAACAUUCAGCUGUCUUCCUUUUGCAUAUGGACUUCUUCAGUGAUUUCAAAAUGUGGGGUUUUUCGUAAAAUGCACAUGACAUAAAUUUACCGUUUUAACCA